CGCGGAAAAGCUGCUGACUCAACGCGCAUACGCUGCCCAAAAAUUCUGUCUGUCUAGGCAGCUCUCUAGGUUUCGUUGAUAUCUGUCAAGAUCCUCGCUCUUCUCUUCUGGCUCGAGUCUGAUUUUCAGGGAGGAGCUGCAACUCUUGAGAAGAUCAAGAGACUCUGGCGCAAGACAACAGCAGGACUGAAGGAGAGUUAAUUAUGGAUCCAGCAUCUUGCCCAGAACAGCCAUCAGCUGUUAAUGAACAGGUGCUGAACUCAUCAGGCAGAUCCUUGACUGCAGCUGUUUGUCUGCGCCGCUUCCUCUGUCAUGGCUCUGAAACCGCCACAUACAACACUAAAGAGCAUCCACUGGGCAAUGAAAAUGCCCUGUUCCUAAUGCAGUUCAUCGAGAGUGGACGGGGCUGUGAGGUUGUGGAGGAGAUCAGACGCCUGAAUUCAGAGGGCCACACCGUCCGACCCAACCCCAGCCUGUUUGCCCUGGCUGUAUGUUCGCAGCAUGCAGAUUUCAAGACCAGACAGAGUGCUUUACGGGUGCUGAAGGAACUGUGUCGAGCACCCGCACAUCUCUUCACAUUUGUGCAGUAUAAGAAAGAGCUGAAAGAGGGAUCUGGGAUGUGGGGUCGAGCUCUGCGAAGGGCCGUGACAGAUUGGUACAACAGCCAAGAUGGCUUGAGCCUGGCGCAGGCCGUGACCAAGUGCAAGCACAAGGCAGGCUGGUCCCACAAGGACCUUCUUAGACUGUGCCACAUGAAGCCAACCAAUGAUACUGUGGUGCUUGUUUGCAAAUACAUGACGAAAGGCUGGAAAGGAGUUCAGGAAGCGUAUGGUGAUAAAGAGAAGUCGGAGGAUGUGCAGAAGGUUUUUGCAUAUCUGGAGGCUGUGGAAAGAGCCAAGCACUCUACUGAUGAGCUGGAGAUCAUUCAUCUUAUAGAGGAGCAUCGGCUAGAGAAAGAGCAGAUUCUAACCAACCACCUGAAGUCCAAAGAGGUAUUGAAAGCUUUGCUGAAAGAGAUGCCCCUGGUUGUUCUAAUGAAGCAUUUAGGGAAGUUGACAGCGGACAAAGUUCUGACACCAGGAAGUCCGGAUGUUGCAGCUGUUUGUGAGAGGAUUCAGGAUGAGAUGGCUCUGAAGAAGGCCAAAACACACCCGUUCAACGUUCUCGUGGCAUCUGAAAACUAUAAGCGAGGUCACGGGAAGCGUGGCAAACUGAAAUGGGAGCCAGACAGCGACAUCGUUCAAGCCCUGAACUGUGCCUUUUGCAAAAGUAUUUCGAAUGUGGAGUCCACAGGCAAGCGAUUUCUGGUGGCAGUUGAUGUAAGUUCUUCACUGAGCAGUGUGGCCCACGGCAGCUUCAUCAGUACUGUGGCAAUAGCAGCAGCAAUGUGCAUGGUAUUUGCACAAACGGAGCCGAACACAAAGGUUGUGGUCUUCUCUGAUGGAGUUGUGGUUCCCUGUGACAUAUCUUCUGAUAUGACUCUAAUGCAGGCAGCAGCACAGCUCAUCCAGACUCCUGGUGGCAGUACAGACUGUGCCUUGCCCAUUACCUGGGCCUCCGAGAAUGAUAAAACUGUGGAUGUCUUCAUCAUUUUCACUAAUAAUCAAACCUUUGAGAGGGCAAAUCCAGCAGUGACACUUCAGACUUAUAGAAAAAAAACUGGUAUAUUUUCCAAACUGAUUGUGUGCGGGAUGAUUGCCAGUUCCCUGGCCAUAGCUGACCCUGAAGACCGCGGCAUGCUGGACAUCUGUGGCUUUGACUCUCACGCAGUUGACGUCAUCCGUAACAUUGUACUUGAUGCCAUUUAAAAUUAUUAGUUUGUAGCAUGCAGUACGAUCUCAAAGGAAGGAAACUGAGGCAGUGUUGCACCGCUCCUUGGAAGAACAUGCAAAAAGACGUAUCAUGUCAUAUGUUUUUGGCAUUUGGAAACAAGUCAAGGUCUAAACCAAUAUACAGCAGGCUGGACUAGAUUCAGUGAAAAUCAUGGGGAGCAAAUUAAUGAAGUUAAUUUUGUUUUAACCGAUCUUUAUUCAGUAUACUUUUUAUUAAUCUGGUCCAAUAAAAUGUUUGCUUUUUCCCAAGAACAUAGAGUUCAUGUCAAAUAGGAUUUUACAAAUACUUGUUUUGUUUUAAGUUGAAAAUAUUUGUCACUGACCUUCAUUGGAUGUAAUGUUGUGCUGGAUCUUUAGAGGCUUAUGUAUAAUGUAUUAUUUUCUUUAUUCACGUCCUGUUUUGUAGUGUGUGUGUAAAUGGGAUGUUCUUAGAGGAGUAGUUCACACAAAUAUCCAAACCUGCAUGAAUUUAUUCUUCUGUGGAACACAAAGGGAGAUGUCAGGAAGGAUGUUAGCCUCAGUCACCAUUCACUGUCAUUGUAGUGUAAGUGAUGACAGAAUUGUCAUUUUUGGGUGAACAGUCCCUUUAAAGUGCACCAUUGUUCUUCUACAAAAAAUAAAUAAAAUAAAACGGAGCAAAUAAUGCAAAGUAAGUUUGCAACAUCAAGAGAAAUCUGAUAUUCUCAACAACAACAAAAAAAAAAAACAUCUAGCCUAAAUGACUAGACUCGUCAGUAAUGUUUUAAUGUUGAAAGUGUUUUUCAACAUUAAGUGAAAGUGUUUUGUUGCCCAGUAAAUUGAUAUAUGAAAGCAAAUAACCUUUUAUUAUGAUUCAAGACAGGCUUGACUCUCAAGUCUGUUUAAGGCUUGACAGAUACUUUACAGUUUAAAUGACAAAUUAGAAAUUGCAAAAUUGUGAAAAACAGAAAUAUAUGCAUUGAAUGACGGAUAUCGUUAAUGGAUCUUGCUUCUAGGUUCAUUUACAUGUAGAAAGUAACCAUGUGCAUUUCCAUUUGCUGUUUAUGCCCAUUAGGCCAAAUCAAGGUUAUAAAUGUGCUAAUGAUAUUUAUGCAAAUGUAAGCAAAUUCUAACAUACUAAAACUUCUGUAAACAAUUACAUGUUGCUUUUGAGAUACAAAACUGAAUGCACCUUUAUUAUAACUGUGUAAUUUUAGAGAUACAAUUUAGUUUUAGUAUUGGAUUAAUAAAUAUGUCAAAUAAUUAAGUGCUGCGCUCUUAUGGAUGUUCCAAAUUGGGGAUUUUGAAAUUAAUUUGCAGUUUCACACACCUAGUUUGUCCAUGCUAGUUUAUGUUACAUUGUUUAAUACAUUUCUUUCAUAAGGUUUAUGACCUCAUAAGGUUUUUAGCACAGUAUUAUAAAAUUACAUAAAUUACUUAAUACAAGAAUUGAAUCUUUUAAAGCCAAAAAUGCAAUUUUUACACAAGAUAUAAUACUAAUUAUGUUCUGUCUCAAGACAAUGAUUUGUCUAUCUUUAUUAUCACCCAUUAAUUUUAAAUUAAUAAAAGUGAUUUUGAAGUAUUCUGUUUUGACACUCCCUCCUAUUCUAUUCUAUAAUCUAAACCUCAAAGAUAAUCACAGAAGUAUUACUAUCAAACAGACUAUCUACAGUUU